GAGAGCGAGACAGAGAGAGAGUACUGUAGUUGUGGAUACCGUGGUGGCGAUGGUGCAGUGUGGCAGUAAAAUUUUGAGAGUUGAGGGGGAGUAAGAGAGAGAAAGAGAGCAUAGUGGAGGGAAGAACCAAGCUGGCAUGGAUGUCGUAGCAGAAGUGAGAGGAGUACUGCGUACAGGAGUGGAUAUUGGUGGUGUAGGAGAGGGAGAGGUGGAUGUGGGGGCGAAGGAGGCGAGGGAUGAUGUUGUCGUCUUGUUGUAUGUAGCGAUGGAACAGGGGUUAUUGUAAGGUUGAUGGUUGCGUGAGAUUUGUGCAAGCGGCGGAUCGCUAUGUCGGGGAUCUGCUGGAGUGAUGAUUGUUUGGGUGGAAGGGGAGUGGCGGUAGAUAUGGGGGUGGAGUGAGGUCGGCGUCACUCUUGUGUAGCAUUUCGGGCGACAAGAGGUGAAUGAUCCAGGUUGGGUGUCGGCACCCAGACAUGCUUGGCUGGUAUAGGAAUAGGGAUGCCCUGUGUGCAGUACAUCUUGUGCCAUAGAUGUGGAAAAGCUUGAGGGCUGACAAGAAUACGGAUAGAGUGCAGCAGCAGCUUGAGAGGGCGAGGACUGAGGAAGAGGAGGAGGGUAUGCUUUCGUGUGCUUUGUAAGAAUGAUUCUUGGUGGGGGGAUUUGAAGACUCUAUCUUGAGCAGGGAGUAGCACGUUGGGUGUGUCGCACCCUCUGGGGUUUCUGUUGUGCGAGUUGGACAUUUGCUGUCCAUACCGACCUGAAAUUAGUUGACGGCCGGCACAGGAAACAAAUCAGUAACGGUUCUGAGUAGUUUGGGGGAGCUUGAGAGGCUGUCCAAGAUUUCGCAAGGGUCUCAAAGAAUUUCACGGGUUCUUUGGGAUCAACGUGGGGAUUUGGGUGCAGAGGAGGUCGCUUGGUGUGAAGUCAAGCUGCCGACACGGGAAACAUAACUACGAAGGGAAGAUAGGUCCUUACUGUGUAGAGUACAUGAGGUACAGGACAUGUCAUGCUUGGAGGGGUGAAGUUUCCGUGAGUAGCGAAUCUGCUAAUUGAUAUGUGGUACAAGGAGUGUCAAAUCAAUGAUUAUGUGCUGCUGAAGACACUUGAAGCUGAUGUUCCGCUGCAGAUGAGUCUGCUGAUACGUCGACUCCGCUGUUACCCUCAGAACUUCACAUGACAGAAACGUGGAAGGAGCAAACGAUGGAUGCCUCAGGGAAGUACGUGCGCUACACCAAUGAACAAGUGGAAGCCUUGGAGAGGGUGUACCAUGAGUGCCCCAAGCCCAGCUCCGUUCGGCGCCACCAGCUGAUCAAAGAGAGCCCCAUUUUGGCAAAUAUCGAACCCAAGCAGAUAAAAGUGUGGUUUCAGAAUCGACGAUGCCGGGAGAAGCAACGCAAGGAAGCAACAAGGCUGGUCAGUGUUAAUGCAAAGCUGACAGCUUUGAAUAAGCUUUUGAUGGAAGAGAACGAGCGUCUAGCGAAACAUACCUCGCAGCUUACUCUUGAAAAUCAUGCCCUUCGUCAGCAGAUUCCCAACCUUCCCUUCCCCGACGGAAGACAUCGUCUCCCAUCUCAUAGUCCUUUGAAGAUAGAAGGAGCAGUCAAUGGUGGAGAUGAGAGCUCUACUCAAGGCGGUAUCUGUGUAAAAUUGCCUGGGCAGGCUGGUGUAGCCUCCACAGAUACUAGCUGUGAUUCUGCUGUUACUGGUGGUCUACCGCAUCGUGUCACUCCUCAGCAUUCCCCUCGCGAUACCAGUCCUGCGGGAUUGUUAGCCACUGCGGAGGAAACACUGACUGAAUUCCUGGCUAAGGCCACUGGAACGGCGGUAGAUUGGAUUCAGUUACCUGGUAUGAAGCCUGGUCCGGAUGCCAUUGGCAUUAUUGCUAUAUCCCACGGUUGCGUUGGUAUAGCAGCUCGAGCUUGCGGCCUAGUGGCCCUCGAUGCUAGUAAGGUUACAGAAGUACUCAAAGAUCGUCCAGCUUGGCUACAAGACUGUCGACGCAUGGAAGUCCUUGGUGCCCUUUCCACAGCGAAUGGAGGGACUAUAGAAUUAUUAUACACCCAGAUGUACGCACCGACAACCUUAGCACCUGCACGGGAUUACUGUACUUUGAGAUACACUACAAUUUUGGAGGAUGGAAACCUGGUGAUAUGUGAGCGUUCACUAACCGGUGGUCAGGGUGGACACACAAUGCCGCCCGUCCAAUCCUUUGUAAGAGGAGAGAUGUAUUCAAGUGGUUAUCUGAUUCGGCCGUGUGAAGGAGGCGGUUGUAUCAUUCACGUCGUAGAUCACUAUGAUAAGGAACCUUGGAGAGUGCCAGAAGUUCUGCGGCCUUUGUAUGAAUCUCCAGCUGUACUCGCGCAGAAGUCCACAAUUGGGGCAUUACGGCACUUAAGAAGGUUAGCUGCAGAAGAAAGUGGCGAGGGAGUUCCCCGGAAUGGACAUCAUCCAGCAGUACUCCGUAUACUAGGCCAGCGACUCACCAAGGGCUUCAAUGAUGCUGUCAAUGGAUUUGGAGAUGAUGGCUGGGAGACUACAGUAACCGAUGGUCUGGAUGACGUUAGUGUGAUGGUCAAUGCAACCCCCAAAUCUAUGGAAGGACAGAUUGCAUCAGACAAGUUGCUGUACUCUCUGGGUGGCGGCAUACUCUGUGCAAAAGCCUCCAUGUUAUUGCAAAAUGUUCCACCAUCACUACUGAUCAGGUUCUUGAGAGAACAUCGGUCAGAGUGGGCGGACUAUGAUAUGGAUGAUAUGGCAUCUUUUCGGAGCAAUGGCAACGGCUAUGUUCCUCGAGGUGGUGGGGUGUCCCACGUCCAAUUGCCACUACCUUUGGCCCAAUCUGGAGAAUGUGGAGAGAUACUGGAGGUUGUGAAGCUGGAAGGUCACAGCUCAGUGCAACACAUGGUUCUUUCCCGUGACAUAUUCCUCCUUCAGCUCUGUAGCGGAAUCGACGAGAGUGCACUUGGGGCAUGUUCACAAUUGAUCUUUGCUCCAGUUGAUGUUGCUCUGGCUGAUGGCAUCCCUCUUCUUCCAUCGGGCUUUUGCGUUAGUCCUAUUGACACGAAUGUAGUGGAUGGAUUUGGACUUGAUCGGACGCUUGAUUUAGCUUCUACUCUAGAAGGAGGGAAUGAUUUGCGCCUGAACGGUGAUGUGAAAUCGAAUAGCAGCUCCGGCCAGAUGCGGUCUGUUCUCACGAUUGCAUUUCAGUUUGCGUACGAGGUGCACACACGUGAAACUGUUGCAGCUAUGGCUCGACAAUAUGUGCGCACUGUAGUGGCAUCAGUCCAACGGGUAGCAAUGGCAUUAGCUCCUUCUCGAGGAGCAGCUCCCCCUCGCCAAGCACCUAGUAAUCCAGAUGCACUUUCCUUAGCAUGCCAUGUUCUGAGCAGCUACAGGUUCCACCUGGGUAUUGAUCUGGUGAGACCAGAGAAUGGAAGUGACGAAGCUCUUUUCAAGGCAUUCUGGCAUCACACAGAUGCUAUUGUGUGCUGUGCGUGGAAGGGAAUGCCAGAGUUCGUGUUUGCCAAUCGAUCAGGCCUUGAGAUGUUCGAAACCGCUACAAGCUCUCUGCAGAAUCUGAAUUGGGAGAAGACUCUGAAUGAGAACGACCGCAAGUUGUCAUAUGCUACGUUUACUCAAGUUUUGCAACAGGGUUAUUGCUCCCUUCCAGCAGGAGUGCGCAUGUCCAGCACAGGUCGCACCGUAACCUACGAACAAGCCCUGGCAUGGAAAGUUUUAGAUGACACGAAGGCAGUCGAGUGCAUUGCCUUCCUCUUCAUUAAUUGGUCCUUAGUUACUUGAUUUGAACAAACUUCAUCUUCUUCUUUCCAGCUUGUUGCGUUUCGUGAGGGUAGUCCCUACAUUCCAGGCUGUGAAAUAACCGUGCUGCCAAUGUCAUGGAAACUCGGCUUUGGCUGUUUUUUGUUGAAUCGAAUCUAGUUGAAGCAAACUGAUUGGAUUCAGUGUGAACACACUUCUGCUAUUUAUGAAGUUAUGAAGCUUUUGAUCCUA